AUGAAGACGAUCCCAGACAAUUUCAGUUUUACUGAACACAGUGGAACAGUGGCCAGAAACCUAAAUGGCAGCAUUUCUGCACCUGGAGAGCUGGGAAAAACAUUCUGUUAUUUAAUCCUUUUAAUCUGCGUUCCAGGGCUUCUGGGAAACGGAAUUGUCAUCAGAUAUUUGGGUUUCUGGUUGAAGAGGACUUCUUUCACUGUCUAUAUCCUCAAUUUGGCUGUGGCUGAUAUUGGGAGUUUAAUAUUCCUUUUUCUGACCGGAAUUUUCUCUAUGACUACUAUGAAUGUUCACAUGGCAAUAACAGUAUGUUUCAUAUUCACUUAUUGCACCGGUCAAUUUCUUCUGACAAUCAUCAGCAUUGACCGGUGUUUGGCUCUCUUCUUCCCAAUUUGGCAUCGAUGCCAUCAGCCACCCUACCUCUCCACCAUACUCUGCGCCAUUACAUGGAUCAUUUCUAUUCUCUUCUGUGGAGUUCAUUACAUUCUAAGUCAUUCAUUUACAGAAAGCCUAUUCCAAGUCCUUCAUGUUUUCAUAUUUAGCUUGGUUGGCAUUCUACUCAUGCUGAUCUCCAGCCUGGCUCUCCUAAUCAAAGGCUACCUUCAAUCAAGAAUGAAGAGGCGAAGGAAACUUCUCACCGCCAUCUUGCUUGCCCUGUUUUUCUUCCUCGUCCUUUCUGUUCCGACAGUUGUCAUUUAUCUCAUGGCAUUUGGUUUUGGAAAGCAUCAUUUGAAUUUACUUUCAUACACUUACUUAUGUCCCUGUCUAAAUUGCAGUGUCAACCCAUUAAUCUAUUUUGCACUGGGGAGAAAGAAGGCACAUCAUUCACCAUACGACCUAAAAACACGUCUCCAAACACUUUUCAAAGAGGAAGAAGAGAGCACAGAGCAUUCAGGGAUCUCGGUUAGUAGCCAGUUAUGA